AGGGAGACGCCAUGCUGGGACCGUAGACCUUAGGGCUAGAAGGGACCUUGUUCUCGUUCAUCUUUCUCUUCCUCCCCCACUUAACAAGUGAGGAAACUGAGUCCCCGAGAGGUUGUGGACCUUGCUCAAGGUCAGCGAGUCAGGGGUCAGAGCAGGGACUAGAGACCCAUCUCCUGGCUCAGAGAAUGACUUACCUAGAGUCACACAAGUACUAAGUAGCAGAGCCAAGAUUCGAACCUGGACCCCUUGGCUCCAAAUCCUGUGCUCUUUUUAUGAUAACACAUUGCUUUAUGUAUGAUUUAUCGAAUCUCUUACGAGAAGUAAGUGGCUUCUGCAGCUGACACUCCUAAGCCACACAGCCUGGAAGGAGCAGCUAGGCUGCAAUUCAAAAGAUGGCUAUUAAAUUUUUUUUUAAAUCGUUUUUGGAGGCAGAACACCCUUAACUACUAGUAGUAGUUCUUAUUUCCUGUAGCCCUAACUCUCUGCUACAGUGAUGCUUUUUGUACAACAACCUUGUAAAGAGGCAGUGUGAUGUACUGGGAAGAAAACUGGAUUUGGAAGUAAGCUCAAAGAGUUGGCAGGGUCCUCAAAAGGGAUCUGGUCCAGCCCAUACCAUAUUCAGAAGACUUGUGCUCUACUACUGGAUUAUCUGUGUGGCUAUGGAAGUUAGGACAUCCUGACAAACGAUACCUGUGUGAUCUCAAAGGACCCGUGCUUUGUGGGCACUGCUCUAUGGUGUCCCGGAUCUAGCCUGAUGACGUACUGAGAACUUGUUCACUCAAGAUGCCAGAGAUUAAAGUCACUCCCUUGGGGGCUGGUCAGGACGUGGGCCGCAGUUGCAUCCUUGUCUCCAUCGCAGGCAAGAAUGUCAUGUUGGAUUGUGGGAUGCACAUGGGCUACAAUGACGAUAGACGCUUUCCAGAUUUUUCUUACAUUACCCAGAACGGAAGGUUGACUGACUUCCUGGACUGCGUCAUUAUCAGCCACUUCCACUUGGACCACUGUGGGGCCUUGCCUUACUUCAGUGAGAUGGUGGGCUACGAUGGACCCAUCUACAUGACUCAUCCUACCAAGGCCAUCUGCCCCAUUCUGCUGGAGGACUACAGGAAGAUUACUGUGGAUAAGAAGGGGGAAACCAACUUCUUCACUUCACAGAUGAUCAAGGACUGCAUGAAGAAAGUCGUGGCUGUCCACCUCCACCAGACUGUCCAGGUGGACGAUGAGCUGGAAAUCAAGGCCUACUAUGCGGGGCAUGUGCUGGGUGCUGCCAUGUUCCAGAUCAAAGUUGGCUCAGAAUCUGCAGUUUACACAGGUGAUUAUAACAUGACUCCGGACCGGCACUUAGGGGCUGCCUGGAUCGAUAAGUGCCGACCCAACCUGCUCAUCACUGAGUCCACUUACGCAACGACCAUCCGAGACUCCAAGCGCUGUCGAGAGAGGGACUUCCUGAAGAAAGUCCACGAGACGGUGGAGAGGGGCGGAAAGGUUCUCAUCCCGGUGUUUGCUCUGGGCCGGGCUCAGGAGCUCUGCAUCCUGUUGGAAACGUUUUGGGAAAGGAUGAGCCUGAGAGCCCCCAUCUACUUCUCCACGGGCCUGACGGAGAAGGCCAACCAUUACUACAAGCUCUUCAUCACCUGGACCAAUCAGAAGAUCCGGAAAACCUUUGUGCAGAGGAACAUGUUUGAGUUCAAACACAUCAAGGCUUUUGACCGAGCUUUUGCUGACAACCCUGGACCGAUGGUUGUCUUCGCAACUCCAGGCAUGCUGCAUGCCGGCCAGUCCCUGCAGAUCUUCAGAAAAUGGGCCGGGAAUGAGAAGAACAUGGUCAUCAUGCCGGGCUACUGUGUUCAGGGGACCGUGGGCCACAAGAUCCUGAGCGGACAGCGGAAGCUGGAGAUGGAGGGGAGGCAGAUCCUAGAGGUGAAGAUGCAGGUGGAGUACAUGUCCUUCAGUGCCCACGCCGACGCCAAGGGCAUCAUGCAGCUGGUCCGCCAGGCCGAGCCGGACAACGUGCUGCUUGUCCACGGGGAAGCCAAGAAGAUGGAGUUCCUAAAGCAGAAGAUUGAACAGGAAUUCCAUGUGAACUGCUACAUGCCAGCCAACGGAGAGACGGUCACCCUGCUCACCCACCCCAACAUCCCAGUGGGCAUCUCGCUGGGCCUGCUCAAGAGGGAGAUGGCCCUGGGACUGCUCCCUGACGCAAAGAGGCCCAAGCUUAUGCACGGUACCCUGAUCAUGAAGGACAAUAAUUUCCGGCUGGUGUCCUCUGAGCAGGCCCUCAAGGAGCUGGGCCUGGCUGAACACCAGCUCCGCUUCACGUGCCGGGUGCACAUCCAUGAUACACGCAAGGAGCAGGAGACCGUGCUGCGUGUCUACAGCCACCUGAAGAGCGUUCUCAAAGCUCAUUCGGUCCAGCACCUGCCCGAUGGUUCAGUCAUGGUGGAGUCCAUCCUCAUCCAGGCCACUGCCCACUCAGAGGAUCCAGGCACCAAGGUGCUGCUGGUCUCCUGGACCUACCAGGAUGAAGAACUGGGCAGCUACCUCACAUCACUGCUAAAGAAAGGGCUCCCGCAGGCACCCAGCUGAGGGCUGCAGCCAGGAGCUGCUCUCAGCCCGUUUCCUCCUUUCCAGGACACUUUGGACAUGCUUUGGAGGGAGGGACCAGGGGUCUUGGUCUGGCCAUUCCAGGGAGGGGCUUGUGUGGCUCUCAGCCUUAGCCCCUGCCCACACAAGGUCACCCACUUCAGCACCGGGUGGCCCAGUCCUUACACGGGAUGUUCUAGGCCAUGCUGACUUCCCUUUGCUUGGUGGGGAUCUCCUCAGCUAGCUUGUCAGCUCUGUGAGGGCACAGACUGGGUUUUGUUGACCAGUUCCAACGCCCCUCCCCUCCAAGUGCCUAGAACAGGGCUCAGUCACUGGAGCCUGCCUUUAAGGAGAAGUAAAACAAAAAAAGCUUGG